CCAAUCAACAAUCAAGUUUUAGCCUUCUUAGUAAGAAAAAAGAAAAGAAAAGAAAAGAAACUCACUCUUUACAGUAACCUUAUCAUCGCAGGUUCUAAUGGCUGGAAACUUCAAGUUUUUCUUCUUUGUUUUCCUUCUUCUAUCUCCAUUGCUUUUCUUUUCUUCUUCUAUGGCGCGUCCUCUCAAUGAUGUUGCGGUAGGCAACUCCAUAACUGAAGGGAUUGAGACUUUCUUUGAUGGUUUGAGCCUUGAUGGAAUCAAAACCAGUGGUCCUAGUCCAGGAGGCAAAGGUCAUGCAUUUAGUGAUUCUGUCACCACCAAUUCAGGGCCAAGUUCUGGUGGCAAAGGUCAUGCAUAUAGUGAUGCUGUCACCACCAACUCAGGUCCAAGUCCAGGAGGUAAAGGUCAUGCAUUUACUGAUGCUGUCAACCCCAAUUCAGGUCCAAGUGAAGGCGGCAAAGGUCAUGCAUUUACUGAUGCUGUCAACCCCAAUUCAGGUCCAAGUGAAGGAGGCAAAGGUCAUUCGUUUAGUGAUGUCGUCACGAACUCGGGUCCAAGUUCUGGUGGCAAGGGACAUUAA